UGAAACGAGGAAGCGACUUAUUACUUUCAAAAUUGGGCGUGUAGCGUAAAAACUAAAAUUAGCACUUUACUAAUUUACUUUUUUAAAUUUAAAAAAGUCACUAUAUUAUACAGUAAUAUACAUCUCAACAAAGAAAGUCGGGGUCAAGGAAAAGACAUUUGCUGCUGCGCAGUCGUUGUGUCAUGCAACAUGGCACUGGAGGAAGGUGCACGGAGCAGCAUCUUGCAGUUUCGCAGCAAAUUGGAGCAGGACAUCAAGCCCUCCUGCUUGAUGGACCACAUGGUUAGUGAUGAUGUGCUGACUGUGGAUGAGGAGGACGGGGUCCUGACCAAGGAAACAAGGAGGGAACAGGCGGUCGCCCUGUUGGAGCUGCUGCUGAGGAAGGAUAACCGUGCCUACAUUUCUUUCUACAAUGCACUGAUCAAGGAGAUGCACCAUGAUUUGGCCCCUCUAAUUGUUCAACCUAAAAGCAAAACAAAGAUGCACUCAUCAUCUGUGGAUUCCAGAAUUGUAACCUCCUUCUGUCUAACAGUCCAGACUGUUCUGAGUGAAGGCGGCGUGCCCCAGAGGCCCGUGGUAUUCGUCAGCAGACCAGAGCGUAACCGGAUUAGGGAGAAACUAUACCGGCUCCAGAAUGAGCCCGGCUGGGUCACUGUCUUCGGUAUGGCUGGGUCGGGAAAGUCGGUCAUUGCUGCUGAAGCUGUCAGAGACCACGCGCUCAUAGAAGAGUGUUUUCCUGGAGGCAUCAACUGGUUGUCCAUCGGCCAGCUGGAUAAACCAGACCUCCUGGUGAAAAUCCAGUCACUGUGCUUCCGUCUGGAGCAGAAGCUGGAUCCGCAGUCCCUCUCUCGACCUCCCAGCUCUCUUGAAGAAGCCAAAGAGCGCCUGCGCUUCCUCAUGCUACGCAAAUACCCAAAGUCUUUGCUCAUCCUCGAUGACAUCUGGGACAAUACAGUGUUGAAAGCAUUUGAUAUUCAUUGCCGGAUACUUCUGACUACCAGAAACAGAAGCCUGACUGAUUCCGUUAGCGGCGUUAAACAUGAAGUGGAAGUGGAAAGUGGUCUGGAUGAAAACAAAUCCCUGGAGAUCCUGGCUUUGUAUACUGACAACAAACCACAAGGGCUGCCUGAGGAGGCUCGUAGUAUCGUGAGAGAAUGUAAAGGCUCCCCUCUGGUUGUGUCCCUGAUUGGUGCUCUACUGAAAGAGAAACCCGACCGCUGGCAGUAUUACCUGCGGCAGUUGCAGCAAAAGCAGUUCAAGCGUAUAAGGAAGUCUUCUUCCUACGACUACGAUGCCCUGGACCAGGCCAUGGCUGCAAGCAUUGAAGUCUUACCUGCUGAAUAUCGAGAUUUCUACAGGGACCUCACAGUGUUGGAGAAGGAUGUCAAAGUACCUGCUCAGGUGCUGUCCAUUCUGUGGGAUCUGGAGCUGGAGGAGGUGGAGGACAUUCUUAACGAGUUUGUCAACAAGUCUCUGCUGUUUGUUGAGUAUCACCACAGACAAUACCUCUACUACCUCCAUGAUCUCCAGCUGGACUUCUUGGUUGAACAGAACCGUAGUCAGCUGGAGAAACUUCAUGCUAAAAUGGUGCAUCAGUACCAAAGGUACUACAAAGAGGGUCCUCCCACAUCAGGAGAUGAAGAAUGUCUCUACUGGAUCAGAUUCUUGACCUACCACAUGGCCAGAGCUAACCUCUCCCAGGAGCUCUACGCUCUGUUGUUCUCUUUGGAUUGGGUCAGCAUCAAAGUCCAGCUCAUGGGUCCAGCUCACCUCAUCAAUGACUAUGUGGAGUACGGACCCAUUCUCGACAAAGAGAACAGUGAAGUACGCAGUCAGUUCCAGGAGUUUUUGUCUCUGAACGGCCACCAGCUGGAGCUGCGUCCAUUCCCUGACGUGGUGCAGCUUGCUCUGUCUGAGCCGCACACCUCCGAGGUCCACACACAGGCUCUGCUGCAGGCGCGGCAGCGGGCCAGUGCAGGAAAACUCUACUUUGACCUGGUGAAUAAGAGCGGCGCAGAGAGUCUGUCCCGCCUGGUGAUUCAGCCCCAUCAGGGUUCCGUCUACUCUGCCUGCUUCUCCCACGACGGAGCAAGGAUCGCAUCCUGUGGAGCCAGCAAGAUGCUGAAGGUGUUUAAAAGCACUUCAGGUGAAAAGCUGACUGAGAUCCAGGCUCACGAGGAUGAGGUUCUCUGCUGCGCCUUCUCCCCCGAUGAUCGUCUCCUGGCAACCUGCUCCAGUGACAGGAAAGUCAAGGUGUGGAAUGUUGAGCGAGCGAUGCUGCUCAGGAUCUUUCAGGAGGAACAUGAAGAACAGAUCAACCACUGUCAGUUUACAAACACAAUGCGGCGCCUCCUGUUGGCAACCUGCUCAAAUGACAAGCUGAUGAAUGCCAAGCUGUGGAACCUGAACAAGCCGACCUCCCAGAACACAAUGUUUGGUCACUUUGAGCCGGUCAACCACUGCUGUUUCUCCCCUGACGAUGUCUAUGUAUCCACUUCCUCCAGCGACGGUACUAUUAAGCUAUUUCAGGUGUCCUCUGCCAACGAGUGGAAGACGAUUCAAGUGAAAAACAUGUUUCCAGACAGCGACGAGGACGUCCUUGUUAAAUGCACUACCUGGUCCACCGACGGCAAAAGAAUCAUGUGUGCUGCCAGGAACACUGUCUUUGUGUUUGACGUGGAGACAUCGGACAUGUUAUUAGAGCUCAAGAGCAAUCGUAUUAGCAUAGUGCAAUACUGUCACGCUUGUCCUACCAGCAGUUUGCUGGCUAUCGCUUUCUCAAACUACACUGUCGAGCUCUGGGAUCUAGAGGCCAAUAAGAAGAAGACUGAGUGCAGUGGUCACCUGAGUUGGGUCCAUCGUGUCCAGUUUUCUCCUGAUGGCUCACAGCUGCUUUCCUGCUCUGAUGACCACACAGUCAGGUUAUGGGAGACGAAGAAGGUGCACAUCUCCUCAGCCGUCUGCCUGAAAAGAGACUCUGACGUUCUCUUUAACAAUGAAGAAAUCAUCGUGUCGGCUGCAGACAACUGCAACAGGUUGCAGGUUCGUGAUGGUAGAACAGGAUCGGUGCUGCUCCAGUCUGAGGAGAAGAAGUCCAGGAUCCGUUGUACCUGUAUGUGCAGAAAGCCUCCUGCUGUAGCCUUUGGUCAAGAAGACGGGACAGUACAGGUGUUGGAGUUGCCUGCUGGGACGCUCCUGGCCACUUUGCUGGGACACGUGAAAACUGUGCUGCACUGCCAGUUCAGCCACAACGGCCAGCUGCUCAUCACGUCAUCUGAGGAUGCCACCAUAAGGGUGUGGAGGUGGCAGUCAGGUGAAUGCAUUUUACUACAGGGUCAUAAGGAGCAGGUCAGAUGUUUCUCUCUACUGUCCAACUCACCUGCUGACUCCAGACUGCUGUCCUGGUCCUUUGACGGCACCGUCAAGGUGUGGGACAUAGAAAGCGGGGCGAAGCUGCAGGAUCUGGAAGCUCACCGGGGAGCCAUUCUGGCCGGACGUGUUUCGCCAGCAGGAAGCUACUUUGCCACCACCUCUGCUGACAAGACUGCUAAGCUUUGGCAUUGUGAGUCCUGGCAGUGUGUCCACACACUGAGUGGUCAUCAGGAUUGCGUCCGCAGCUGCCAGUUCUCUUGGGAUGGCCGACGCCUUGCAACAGGAGACGACAACGGAGAGAUUAGGAUCUGGAGCAUCAAGGAUGGCUCUUUGCUGAAGAUUUGUUCCCGGGAGGGUAAGGAUGGCAUGGACUCCCUUCAUGGAGGUUGGGUGACUGACCUGCACUUUUCACCAGACAACACUCUCCUGGUUUCAACCGGAGGUUAUAUUAAGUGGUGGAAUGUGGAGGCCGGUGAAGCUCUGCAGACCUUCUUUCCAACUGGAACCAGGCUGAAGAAGAUCCACGUCUCGCAUGACUUCUCCACCUUCGUCACUAUCGACAGCAUGGGCGUCCUCUACGUCCUGCGGCGGGUGGCGUAAUCAAAGCGCUGCCUCCACUCUUGCCUCCCAACUGUGAUGCCUUUUUCUUUUUUUUUCUUUCUAAAAAAAAAAAAAAAAAAAAAAAGCUGUGAUGUCCCAGAAUCAUCCACCUUAGAUACAAACUUAGCUUUUCCGCACGUUCUCAGCAUGAGGUGGAGCGCUGCAGCCACUUAGCACACUGUGGUGUUAGCUCGCCAUGCUAACUCGUCUUAAUCAGUUUACACCAGCAUUACAUGAAAUGUUCAACAGCGCUAAUUAACCGCUGUCAGCUCUGGUGUCGCUGCACCAUGACGGGCAUUUACAAAAAAAUUUUUUUUUUUUUUUUUUUUUUUAACUCUUGUCAAGAUUCAUGCUGUCAUCUUACAGUUUGAAACACAGUGCUAGCAUGAGUUUUUGUGUCGCUAAGAGAGCAGAUUCUUGUAUGGGGGGGCACAAACUCUCCCCCCCCCCCAAAAAAAAAAAACUUAUGCAGCCUUCUGCAGAUUUUUCAAAUCAUAAUCAAUAAGGAGGUCAGAUUGACAUGAUAAUGAGAUGCAACCGUUGCAUUACUUUAAUGUGAAUCAGAUUUUUAAUUUGUCUCAUUAGGGUAUUGAGAUUUUCUACUCCACCGUGUGUUAUUGAUGGACAGUGGCUGUGAACACGUAUUGAUCUGAGUCGUGAUGCAUUAGCUUCGACUGCACUGUGACUUUGAUUUUAAGGUUUUUUUUGUUGUUUUAAUGCUACUUUUAGGUGUUCAAAGUGUUUGAAAUGUGAAAAAGUAUGAAAAUUCUUGCAAAUUGCUCCAAUUUUUCAUACAGGCCUCAAAUUUGGCAUGUGCAUCACUUAAUCAGGGCUAUACGUAUUUGGAGAGGGAGCCGAUCUUUGUAAUUUUCUUUUUCAACUCCACCACAGUUUUACCACCACAGACAUUAACAUGAUGAAGUCAAGAUCCAGUUGUAGUGCAGAAUUUUAGCUUUAAUUCAAGAGGUUCAACAAAAAUAUUAUCCUUUUAGCAGUUACAACCAUUUUUAGGCAUUAUCCUACAUAUCAAUAUUUCCACAUUAUCAUGUUCAGUGAAAAUAUGUGGGUUACUGUAUUGGGUGGAAUUCUUUUCUGAAUCUACACCAAGACCGGGUACACGUGCCAGUUUUGGUGACUAUGACAGUUCAGGAUGUUCUCUUGAUAGUUGCCUUUUAUUUAUGCUAACAGCUUUAGUCUGAGGUUAUUAGAGGGGAUGUGUGUGUGUUGUAUGGGAGAUAUUUUGCUGUACCGCCAGCGUACAACCUCUGGUGCACUUUGAGAAGUGUUAAAAAUUAAUAGCAUGAUUAACGUUGAAAGAUUAGGCGUUUUAAAAUGGAUUCCGUAGUCCUUUCGAAGCCUGUGAACCUGUUUGUACUCUGAUCAAAGUUAAAUGUUUCUACAAAAAAAUACUACAGUAUGUAAUUUAUAAUUAAAUAUAAAUGGGCUAAUGUAAAAGACACUUUAUUAUGCAUUCUGCUUUGUUGCUUGAUCUUUUUUAAUAAUUUUGUACCCGUCCUUUGAACUUUGUAGACCACUUCAGCGUCUUACUACUGUUUGUGCUUCGUUUUGAUGCAGUACAGAUGUGUUUAUCCUCAUGUAUGUGUCCAGGAAGCAGGUGCUCCUUCAUAUGCUGUAAUCUCUCAGAUGUGUUCACGCCUGUCUGCUACUAUAUGCAACAGGUUUGUCGUCGUGUCCCACAGUAGCCUGCAUUCAAGGUUCUUGAACUGGAGCACUAUCUCCACCUGGUGGACAUUAACCUUUAAUGCAGGUGCAAUAGAGGUUUUUGCUAAGAGCGCUCAUAUGAUUUAUUUACUUUUUUUAUAUCCUGGUGGUACCACUAUAGAAUAAAGUAAAUUCCUUUACAAAGUUUGACAAAACUGUGAAAACACUAACAGUUAGCUUAUGCGGUCGCAUGUGUUGUCACAGUUACAUAUGCUAAUGCCUUUCAUGUGGCAAUCUCAGAAACUUUCAUCACUUGAAAAUUGCCUUAUUACUCUAGAAUCAGGGCAGAAUCAUAAUGUCCUCUGUGGAGAUAAUAAAAGUAAGAAUUUGAACUUUUUUUUUUUUUUUAACUAGCCUCUUCACAUUGUGCUCUUCCUGAUUGGUGCUUUCAGUCUGUAAAAAUUCAAUCAAGGUGGUUCGAUCAAAGAACGUCUGCUGUAUGAUUGAUGUCUUCUCAGGAUGUAUUGAUGCUGUUAUCUGCUACGGUACAAUGUGACUAAUUUAUUAAAGCAGAUAUGGAAUC